AUGAUAAAACGAUCUAGUAACUGUGCAAUUUGCGAGAACACCAAUCGUUCUUACAUCUGUAGCCUUUGCGUUAAUCAUAGAUUAAUUGAGUGUAACACUUUGUUAAAGUCACUAAAGACUCGACGAGAUUCUUUGCAUUCAAAGCUGAGUGAGCUAUUGGAAGCUAAGGGAAAAGCUGAUGCUCAGAAGAAGUGGAGAUUGCUUCAAAGCGAGAAGCUUUCGAACUUGAAGAACAAUCUUCGGCGUAACAAGGAACAAGUAACUCAAGGGAAGGCUAAGAUUGAAGGAGAAUCUCGUGAUCUCAAACUGAAAUAUGGAGUUCUUGAUUCAGCUCGCUCCACACUAGAGAAAAUUAGAGUUGAACAAGUGGAGAAGUAUUUUCCCAAUCUAAUAUGUACACAAAACCUUGGCCUUAUGGCAAUCUCAUCUGAGCGGCUUCAUAAGCAGUCAGUGGUAGUGAAACAACUAUGCAAACUGUUCCCUCAACGCCGAGUUAGUUUCGACGGAGAGAGUCAGAACGGUUCGGUUGGUCAGUAUGAUCUCAUUUGCAAUAUACGUCUCCCGAAAGGUCUGGACCCUCACUCAAUCCCAUCAGAAGAGCUCGCUGCCUCAUUAGGGUUGAUGGUCCACCUUCUGAACCUUGUUGCUCACAACUUAGCAGCCCCUGCACUCCACACCUCAGCUUUUGCGGGCUCUUGCUCCCGUAUAUGGCAACGAGAUACCUAUUGGGACGCACGUUAUUCAACUCGAAGCAACGAGUUUCCUCUCUUCAUACCUCGACAAAACUAUUGCUCAACGAGCGUUGAGAACUCAUGGACAGAUAAAAACUCGAGCAACUUCGGUGUUGCUUCCAUGGAAUCCGAGAGAAAAUAUGCGCCGCGUCUGGACUCUACAAGAAGCAACAGCUUUAACUACUCUUCUGCUUCUCCUCAUACGGUUGAGUCACAUCUAGAUCUUCAGCAAGGGAUAGCUCUUCUCAAGAAAAGUGUUGCCUGCUUGACAGCGUAUUGUUACAACUCACUUUCCCUCGAAAUGCCUCCCGAGGCCUCUACUUUCGAAGCUUUCGCCAAGUUGUUGGCCACGCUUUCGUCGUCAAAGGAGGUCCGCUCUGUUUACUCCCUGAAAAUGGCUUCUUCUAGAUCAUGCAAGCAGGCUCAACAACUCAACAAAUCCAUAUGGAACGCUCACUCUGUCAUCUCAAGCUCCUUACUUGAAAGUUCCCAUCUUCCGAGGAACACAAGGUAUAACCAGGAUCCGAACUCAGCAGCGAGUUAUCUCUCUGGGACGGAAGCAUCGGAGAGUCGGAAGAAUGAUAUGAAUGGAUGGGAUUUGGUGGAGCAUCCUAAGUACCCGCCACCACCAUCACAGUCCGAGGAUGUUGAACACUGGACACGCGCUAUGUUUAUCGAUGCCAAGAAAAAAUGA